AUGGGUAGCGAAUCUGAAGCAAACCAAUCACAAGCAAAAAUAGCAACUCCCAACUCUAAUUCCAGAGAUGAGAUAUAUUACAGUGAAGAAUAUCACAGCGUUAUAGAAGGACUUAAAAGAUCAUAUAAUGAUAAAAUUAAGCCCUUAGAAACUACAUAUAACUUUGAAGGGUUUCAUUCACCACCUUUGACUGAUAGCGAUAUUGAAGCAAAACCGAUUGUGUUGUUGAUGGGACAAUAUUCAACUGGGAAAACUACUCUUAUCAAACAUUUAUUAGAAAAAGAAUAUCCUGGUAGUCAUGUCGGAACGGAUAGAUUUGUAGCAGUAAUGAAUGGUAUAGAGGAAAGGGUCAUUCCUGGAAAUGCCGCAGCUGUAAAUCGUCAAUUACCAUUUCAAGGAUUAAAUAAGUUUGGUCAGGCAUUCUUAUCAAGAUUUCAAGUUUCUCAACUUCCAUCACCUGUCUUGGAAAAUAUGACAUUCAUUGAUACUCCUGGUAUAUUGGCAGGUGAUAAACAACGUAUUGAUCGUGGAUAUAAUUUUACUGAAGUGGUAGAAUGGUUUGCUGAAAGGGCAGAUUUGAUUUUGUUAAUUUUUGAUUCUCAUAAAUUGGAUAUUUCAAAUGAAUUUAAAUUGGCCAUUCAUUCAUUAAGAGGGCAUGAAGAGAAAGUCAGAAUAUUACUUAAUAAAGCUGAUAUGGUCGAUGGACAACAACUAAUGCGUGUAUAUGGUGCCAUGAUGUGGUCUCUUGGAAAAGUAGUACAGACACCUGAAGUAAUGCGAGUUUAUCUUGGUUCUUUUUGGAUAGAGAAACCACGAAAUGCAUUUGACGAUUGUAGGUUAUUAAUUGAAGCUGAACAAAAAGAUCUGUUGAACAGCUUACGUGAUUUACCUCGUAAUGCAACUAUCAGAAAGAUCAAUGAAAUAGUUAAAAGAGCAAGAUUAGCAAAGGUACAUGCUUAUAUUAUUGGACAUUUAAAGAAAGAAAUGCCAGCCAUGUUUGGUAAAACUUCAAAACAAGAAGAACUUAUUGAAAAACUAGAUAAGGAAUUUCUAAAAAUUCAACAACGACAUCAUUUGGCGCCUGGAGAUUUUCCUAACUUAGAAAGAUUUAAACAAGGUCUUAAUCUUUAUAAAUUUGAAAAAUUUAGUAAUUUGAAACCUCAAAUAAUUGAAAAAGUCGAUGAUGCAUUAUCCGUCGACUUACCAAAAUUAAUGACUGAAAUUCCACAAGGUAAUAAAUUGAUCGCUCCAACGGAACGUAAUCCCUUCUCCGAAUCUCCACGCACAUCUGAAAAAUAUGAUUUACCACCUGAUUAUUGGGAUUUCUCUGCUGUUAAUAAACAGUCAAUUAUACCACAAUUCAAUGCGAUGAAACCCGUAAAUGGAAAAGUUCCUGGAACAAAAAUAAAGCCUGUAUUAAUGGAAACAGGUUUAGAUACUGUUAUAUUGGCAAAAAUUUGGAAUUUAUCGGAUUGGGAUAAGGAUGGUUAUAUGGAUUCUGAUCAAUUUGCUGUCGCAAUGCAUUUGUGCAAAGCUGUUAUGGCUGGAGGGGAAAUACCAGAAGAAUUACCAAAAGCAAUGAUUCCAGAAAGAAAGAUUUAA